CAUAGAUUCGCCCUCGUGCAAUUGCUCAUUCUUCGCAAUGUUCGACACCGUUUGCACCCUUCCGCUAUCAGCGGACCUGUUCUCCCAGGCCCUGCAUCCCAAGGAGCCCGUCGUGUCCGUGGGUCUCUCCUCCGGGCAUGUCCAGACGUUCCGACUCCCCACCGACGAAGCGGCCAGCGACGACGACGAGACGUCAAAUGCCUCGUCACGCAAUGGCAGAGGACACAUUGAUACGAUGUGGCGGACGAGACGCCACAAGGGUAGCUGCCGGUGCUUGACGUUUGGAAUUGAUGGCGAGACGCUCUAUUCGGCCGGCACGGACGGGCUGAUCAAGGCCGCAAAGGCGGAGACGGGAGUCGUGGAAAACAAGAUCGCUAUUCCUACAGAAAAGAAUGGAUCCAUCGAUGCUCCCACCAUCAUUCAUGCGCUUUCCCCUCAGACCCUCCUUCUUGCGACCGAUUCCAGCGCCCUCCACCUCUACGAUCUCCGCAUACCCUACUCCAAGGUUUCCGCGAAGCCUGAACAAUCUCAUCACCCUCACGACGAUUAUGUUUCGUCGCUUACGCCUCUUCCGGCCUCUGAUACUAGCACCUCGGGGUUCAGCAAGCAAUGGGUGACGACGGGUGGGACGACCCUGGCAGUUACGGAUUUGCGACGGGGUGUGCUUGUUCGCAGCGAGGAUCAGGAAGAGGAGUUGAUCAGUUCGACGUACAUUGGCGGAUUGGCGGCCAGUGGCACGAGUCGCGGCGAGAAGGUGCUUGUGGGAGGUUCUGGCGGUGUUCUUACGCUUUGGGAGAAGGGCGCGUGGGAUGACCAGGACGAGCGGAUCUAUGUGGAGCGUGGAGGAGGCGGUGGAGAGUCCCUGGAGACCAUGGCUGUUCUGCCGGAUGAGUUGGGUAAGGGCAAGGUGGUCGCUGUUGGUCUGGGAAAUGGUCGGGUCAAGUUCGUGCGGAUCGGCGCUAACAAGGUUGCCGCGGAGGUUAUGCAUGAUGAGACUGAGGGCGUGAUUGGCCUCGGCUUUGAUGUUGAGGGGCGCAUGGUUACUGGUGGUGGACAGGUGGUGAAGGUUUGGCAUGAGGCUGUUGUUGGCGCUGAUAGGUACGGGGCGAUGCCGGGGGAGAAGCGCAUGUAUGGAGACAGUGACGAUAGCGAUGGUGACGACAGUGACGAGGACUCGGAUGAUAGCGAUGCCGGUGGCCGCCAGGACAAGUCGCAGAACAAGCGCAAGAAGACGAAAGCCAAGGGCAAGGGCGGGCAGCAAAUUAUGGCUUUCCAUGACUUGGAUUAAAUGGAAUCGAGUGUGGUUUAUUGAUACCCUAAGCGGGAGGUUGUUAUGCAUAGCAUUGGUGUCGGGAAAAUAAAAACAGGGAGUGUGCUUUGCAGAUACGUACUCAAUGAUGCUAAUAUCUCUAGAUAAUUGAGCUUCAGCCAUAUUGUCACCCAGUUUAUCUAAAUUCAGUGUGCUUCGCAUCGUAGCUGAGCAGAACUAGUGGAUCCCGCAAUCUUGCUCCAUUCCCUAGAAAUCCAGGUACAAAGAACUGCGGAAGCGAACAGCCUUGUCGGCUACCAGUUC